AUGAGCAUUCCUGGGGCGACUGAAGAGCGGAACUUCGAUGAGCCAAUGCCUGAUUCUGAAUCUAUCCAUCAGACGCAAGACCAAAGCGACUGUUGCCUGGUUGAAACCCGACAGAGACCUGACAUCUGGGAAAUAAGCGAAAGCAAGGACGAGCGAAUGAUGCAACUCGAGCUUUUGCACCAUUACCACAUGUACAUCUGCACACCAUUCAAGGUCGCACAAAGCCCAAUCGUGGAAGCUACAUGGCAGAACGACGUACCGACGAUCGCGUUCGAGAACGAUAAUCUUCUUUACGCUAUCUUCACCAUCUCUGCAACCUUCAUGCUUCGCGCACAGCCGCUCAACACGGAGCUGCAGAUCCGUCGUGACAGAUACCUAGCUUUGACCCUCCAAUGUCAACGCAACGCCGUCGACGAACUGAGCCAACGGAACGCGGACGCCAUUUCAUUUACGGCAUUGCUGAUCCAGAUGAAUUCUUUCGCAAUGCUCCAUGAACGAAUCAACCCCAUCUGCGGCCACGAAGCCAUCACAGAAUGGCUGAAGACGGGGCCUGGUCUCGGCCAAAUCGUCGCCAUCACCGUCGCAAUGGCCCGGCAGAACCCAUCCAGCAAGUUCAAGAUCAUUAUGGACGCACCACCCGCAUACGCCCCCAACAUCGACUACCACUUCCGGCAUGCCAUCCCUCCACAAUCGCGACCUCUCCUGGAUGGCCACCUAGCCCAACUCGAGAAUCUGACCCCCAGCUCCAGAGAGAUCUACGAAAGGACCUUACGAUUCCUGGGCACGAUCCACCACUCCAACGAGGAGGGAAAGCCGAGUUUCUACGCGGCCCGACAGACGCAGGGAUUUUCGCUGUUGGUUCCGAAAGCGUUCGUCGAAUUCGUCGAGGAAGGUCGUUCGCUUGCCUUGGUCGUGCUUGCACAUUUCUUUGCCCAGGUUGCACUGGUGAAGGACCCGCCGUGGUGGAUGGGGGAUGCGCCUAUAAAGGCGAUCAAUGCUAUAUCACAGACACUUCAAGGCAAUCACGAUACCGUGCUGCAAGAAAUGGAGUGGCCAUGCAUGGUUGCUAGAGACAUGCGGCGUGGCUGUUCGUAG